AUGAAGAACCCGCCCCCAUCACCCCCACGAGGGCCGUUGGUGCCUUCACACAUAUCCACCCCUUCAACAGGUGAUCAGCCCCCAAAUGACGAUAAUCACUCCGGUCCUCAAGAUCCACCACGGCGCCGCAAUUCCAGCACCAACACCACGGACCUUUCAACGAGCGAUGCGGUUCCGUCGUCGCUGGAUAUCAUUCGCCACCGCCGCAUGAUAAACAAACGUCGGUGGCUCGCAAAACAAGCCGCUCGCACACAACGACUUAGCAGCGAAGUGGCGGCAUUGGAAGUCGAUAUCGUAAAUCUCGAAUAA